UCUCUCUCUCUCUCUCUCUCUCUCUCUCCCCCACCAUCAGUAGCUGAGCUGACUCGACGAAAAUGGCUUGAUAUUUCCUUCCUUCUUCCCCUCCCUCCUCUCCAACCACUAUACUAUAGCUGAGCCCCUUCUCAAUUCUUCCCUUCCUUUUCUCUAGCCUACCAUAGCCUCGAUCUGGUUGAGCACCGCCGAAUCGUAAUCCCGGCGGCAGCUUCUUGCUUGCUUUCUCGGGCUGUUCUAUCAAUUGAUGGAUAGAUAGAUAAGAGUUCUUGCUUUCUUUGCUGUGCUGCGAGCCUUGCGACCACUCAAAUCCAAAUUUUUCCCUUCCCUUCCCUUCCUUUUGCGCUUCUCCAAUUAGCUGCCGAUUUGGUGGUGUUGUUGUUCUAGCUCACCCUUGCUUGCUUCCCCCUGUUCUUGACCAGGAUUUUCUUUUCCUUUUUCGUCACAAAUAGGAGGAGGCGAGACGGAUUUCACGAUCUUGUAUUCCCAUUAAUUCGUUCGAUUUGUGGAUUCCAAAGAUGAGAUCUUUGUGAAUUCUAGGGUCAACAAGAUUAUCUAUCUAUCAGUACCGAUGGCAUCAUUCUUUCCUCUUCUCCCAGCUACUCUCCUCGUCCUCCUGUGCUCCUCCCUGGCUUUGGCCUCCGUCUCCGAGCCAGCCCUCUCAUGGACCUGCGGAGACGACCAAGUUGCCAUCUUGGACACCCCCGGUGGAGGCCGCAACCUGUCCGUCAAUGGCGAAUUGGUUCACGACCGUGUUCUUGGCUGCGACAAGCUCAGGUCGUACUAUGAGAGCGGCUGCCUCCGCUGCGGCGAGCAGUCAGACUCAGAGGCAUGGAGGGGCGCCUGGAAGCACUACUGCCGUCAGGGGAGUGAAUCAAGCAAGGAAGAAAAUAUACCAAGGAAACUUUUGAGGCAGCCCUCAAUGAGUGAUGCAAAAAUUCAGGAUGACCCAUGUGAAAACAUGGGAGUUCAUGGAAAUAACCAGGAUGACAAUGAUGCUUUGGAAAGACAGGAUCAUCUCCUUGCGGUGCCAGGUGUGAUUCUCCUAUGUUGUGGCCUUAUGAUACCAUGCUUUCAUGCUGAGAAAAAGGAAGUUAGCAGGCAUAACACUACAUCCAUUCAGCGUAAUGCAGUCGAAUCGAUUUCAUCCUUUGAUGUAAGCACGUCAUCCGAGAAGGUUCCGCCAACUCCACACCGAAUACCUCCGAGUCCAUCAAGAUUUGCCCCAUCUCCACAGAUUGCUCGAGUUGGAUCUGUCAACUUAACUGUGCAGCAGAUUCUCAGGGCUACUCAGAAUUUCUCACCUUCAUUUAAGUUGGGUGAAGGAGGAUUUGGGACAGUUUAUAGGGCUGUAUUGCCAGAUGGCCAGGUGGUUGCAGUCAAGAGAGCCAAAAAGGAUCAAUUCGCAGGUCCUACAGAUGAGUUUAGCAAUGAAGUAGACUUGCUUGCUAAGAUUGACCACCGAAAUUUGGUGAGAUUGCUGGGGUUUACUGAUAAAGGACAUGAACGCAUAAUUAUCACUGAGUAUGUACCAAAUGGCACUCUGAGGGAUCAUCUUGAUGGCCAAUAUGGAAGAGUCCUGGAUUUUAAUCAGCGUCUAGAGAUCGCAAUCGAUGUUGCACAUGCACUCACUUAUCUCCAUCUAUAUGCUGAGAAGACAAUAAUUCAUCGAGAUGUGAAGUCAUCAAACAUCCUGCUGACAGAGAGCUUCCGAGCCAAGGUGUCUGACUUUGGAUUUGCAAGAAGUGGCCCCAGUGACACAGAAAAGACACACAUCUCAACAAAAGUAAAGGGAACAGCUGGCUACCUCGAUCCUGAGUACCUGAGAACAUACCAGCUGACUCCUAAGAGUGAUGUCUUCUCCUUUGGCAUACUGCUUGUAGAAAUUCUUUCUGCUCGCCGACCGGUAGAGCUGAAGCGGGCUGCUGAAGAGAGAAUCACUAUCAGAUGGACAUUUAAGAAAUUUAAUGAAGGCAACAUGAGGGAGAUAUUGGAUCCGUUGUUGGAGGAUCCUGUGGACGAUGAGGUGCUUGAAAAGCUGCUCAGCUUGGCUUUCCAGUGUGCUGCUCCGACACGGGAGGACCGUCCAACCAUGAAAGAAGUUGGAGAACAGCUUUGGGAGAUCAGGAAGGAGUAUGGAAAGAGUGUCAGGAGGGUGUGAAGGGGUGAGUGAUGAUGAUAGGGAUAAACAUUAGCUCUUUAGGCUUUUCUUCAGCCAUGUUCUGAGAUGCAUAUUCUUUGUGCCAUUUGAGUACGUCAUGUGGUGGAUGAUAUGUGUUUCUGAGCUGACGAAUGUGUUAUUGAACAAUUGUACAAAGAGGUAAAAUGGGCCGCAAUUUGUAUGUAUCUUCCUUGUGUAGAGCCUUGCUGGGUUCUCUCCCUGGAGCUAUGGUACUCUUGGUGAAUGCUGCAUGUACGUUGCACGUUUUUAUAAUAUACUAGCCACAUUUGCCCACGCUUCGCUGCGGAUUGUGGAUUUGUAAA